CUAAGGGUAAAUGAGACAAAAAUUACAAGACGCUCGGUGAAGACGCAGGAUGUGUUCAAUCGGAGUAUUAGCUCUUUGUUCUCCGGCUAAAUUUCAUCACCGCCGGGAACAACCGCAGAUUUUUACUCCGACCCAUCUGCGUAAUCCAAAUGGGUUCCAAUUUCGGAGGAGAAAUUCACGAGAUUUCGCUCCCAAACUCGCCCAAUCCGACCCCAAUUUCGCUUCGCCCUUUUCACAUCUUCCUCUAAUACGCUCUUCGACGUCUCUUCAUUCCUCCGUUCAGACUCUGGCGAGAAAAGCCGCGAUUUUACUUGUUGGGUCGUUUGUCUUUCUAGGGUUCUGUUCUUCGAAGCCAGCUUUUGCACUACCCGCUGCAACUGUGGUCUCUCAAGCGGAGUUAGAGGACGAGAUAAUGUUCGAGAAGCUUCUGGAGAGUGAGCCAGAGAACAUGGAGGCUAUGAAGGCUGUUUUGUAUAAGAAGAUGAGGAGAGGGAAGACUGAAGAUGCUGUGAAGUAUGUUGAGAAGCUAAUGAAAUUAGAGCCUCAUGAAAUUGAAUGGAAGCUUUUAGAAGCGCUUUGCUAUGAGACAAUGGGACAAUUGAGCAAAGCUAAGAGAUUGUUCAAGGAUAUUCUCAAAGAACAACCUCUUUUGAUCAGAGCUUUGCACGGUCUUGCAAUGGUAAUGCAUAAGACUCAUGACUCCUCUCUCUUUGAUAUGCUCAUGGACGCUAUGGAAGUUGCUCGACGAGGAAACCGUGUAACUGAGGAGAGAAACAUACAAGUCUUGAUUGGUCAAAUGCAUAUUGUCAAGGGUCAAUUUGAAGAAGGUCUAAAGAUAUUUCAACAGAUGGUAAAUGAUAACCCUCGAGAUUUCCGACCUUACCUUUGCCAGGGCAUAGUUUAUAGUUUAAUGGAUAAAAAGGAAGAAGCAGCUCAACAGUUUGAGAUCUAUUGGAGUCUUGUACCUGAAGAAUUCCCACAAAAGGGAUUCCUCGACGAUGUUGCAUUGGCUGCUCAAGCCAAAUCUCGAGAACGACUUCAAAACACAUUCAAAGCUAAAUUUGCUCAGGGGAAAUAAACCAUGGAUAGCUAAUUUUCAAUAUCCUGUUUCUUAUGAUGAAUCUCGGGUAUGAAUGUUAACCUGUGACGGGUUUAACGACAAAAAAAAAAAAACGAUCUCGAGCAGGCAGAGUCAGUGGCUGCAUUGGAGAACCUAGAAGAAGACACUUUGGUUUUAGAGUCAUGUUGUGGCUUCUCUCAAGUGCAGAAUCAGACAUGAAAGGUUGUAACUUUUUUUUGACAUGUGUAUAAAAUUUCAAAUUAGGUACUUUUUUUUUUCCUGCUUCUAUAUGUCGCUCGAUUGCCGAUACUUCUUUUUCACAAUUU